AUGACAACUUGUAACAAACCAAUAUGGAUGCAUAUUGGAGCUGGUAACUUCCAUCGUGCUCAUCAAGCUUAUUAUAUCAAUCGUUUGAUUGUUGAUGGCAAUGAUGAGGAGGGAUGGUCAAUUGCACUUGGUAAUAUGCUCAAUGAUCAUCAAGAGGACAUUAUCAAACAAUUGGAAAUACAACAUGGUCAAUACGUCCUGGAACUCAAUAAUACCGAUGGUUCAAGAACUUAUGAAGUGAUCAAAUCUAUCAAGAAGACUAUACCGUUCCAUCCAAGUGCCAAGUAUCUUAUUGAACAAGGUGCCUCCAGUGAUACCCGUGUCAUUUCCUUCACAAUCUCAGAGUCUGGUUACUUCCAUAAUGAGAACUUUGAUCUUCUGCUCAACAAUGAGCACGUCGACAAUGACCUCAAGACUGGCAGCACUCAGACCAUCUACGGAGUGAUGGCCAAGAUUCUCCGAGAGAGAAUGCUCCAUUCCAAAGCUCCAGUGACAUUAAUCAGUUGUGACAACAUCAGAAAGAACAGCAACUGUUUCAAAAGAUGCUUUGAGCAGUUCCUCCAGAAGCUUCCAGAUACCGACCUGUUGAAAUGGAUCGAUCAAAAUGUCCGCUUCCCCAACUCCAUGGUGGACAGGAUCACGCCCCAUCCCUCUGACGACCUUGUCGAGAGGGUUAGGCAACAAGGACUGGGCUUUGAAGACAAGGUCCCAGUGAUGGCAGAGUCAUUCAUUCAAUGGGUUGUCGAGGACAACUUCAUCAAUGGUCGACCAAAGCUAGAAUUGGCUGGUGUGGAGAUGACUCAAUCUGUUCUACCCUACGAGGAGGCCAAAGUACGAAUCCUCAACGCCAGUCAUGCAUGCUUUGCAUGGGCUGGUACACUGGUUGGAUUGACAUAUAUCAGUGAGGAUAUCGCCAAUCCAGACAUCCAUAAGAUAGUCUACGACUACAUCACCGAGGACGUGAUCCCAACUCUUAAGGCCGAGCACAGUCCUUUGAACUUGGAGAAGUAUAGAGAUGUAGUUCUAGAGAGAUUCAAGAACAAGUUCCUGAAGGACACCAAUGAGCGUGUCGGAAAGGAGGGCCACACCAAGAUCCCUGGCUUCCUCCUACCAACCAUUGUCGCGUGCUACAAGAGGGGAGCAGUGCCAAGAGCAACCGCUAAGCUUCCAGCCAUCUUCUUUGUAUUCCUUGAGCGAUGGAGCAAGAAUCAGAUACCCUACGAAUACCAUGAUGGAGUGAUGGACAAGGAUCAAGUUCACAAGAUGUUCUCUCAGUCCGACCCGCUGGCCGAGUACAUCCACGACCCCAAGGUAUUCUGUUCAUUAGCUGGCAACAAGGAGUUUGAGAAACUGCUAUGCGACCAGGUUCGAGAGGUUCGCGAAUGGCUGUCCCGCUCCAGCGACGGCACAUCCAUGACAGAGUGGCGUGAGCACAGUACAAGA